AUGACGACUUCAGUCCCCAAGGACGACACCAAAAAUAGCGGACAUAAUGAUCUUGCUCCAACAACUAGCUAUAUCGAUGGCGAAGUCCUCGAUGCAGGAAUUGACUAUAGCUACCUAAACACUUCAAAGUUCACUAAAUUCUACAGGAGUGUUCUAUUCCAAAUGAUUCUCCUUGGACUUCUCUCAUGUGUUGGUCCGGCCAUGUCCGAUGCCAUUUCCAACCUCGGAGGCGGUGGUCUCUCCACUCCGUAUCUAGCAAACUUGGCGACCUCACUGAACUACACGGCUGGUUGUCUGCUUACUCUUUUUGGCGGCCCCUUGAUCAAUAAGUUUGGUAUCAAGUGGUCCUGCAUCAUAGCAGCGGUGGGAAUGCCUCUUUCCGGUUCUGCGUACUAUGUAUGCGCAAAGUACCGUGUAAAUUGGUAUCUCAUUUUUGCAAAGAUACUCACUGGAUUAACCUAUGGCUUUUUAUACGUCGCAGAGUCUACGGCUAUGCUGUCAUAUCCUCUCGCGAACGACAGGGGCUUCUAUCUCGGUGUCUGGUCUGCCAUGCGGAACUCGGGUAGUGUCAUAGGAGGUGCCAUCAACUUUUCCAAUAAUCACAGUGACUCCAAAGCGGGGGGUGUUGCGUGGUCUACCUACCUCGUCUUUAUUGCCUUCGAAUGUACUGGCUUGGUAUGGGCAACCUUGCUCUCGCCAACUAGACGUGUCCGACGCCAUGAUGGCACCAAAGUUUCCAUGUCCGAGAGAGCCAGCUGGAAGCAAGAGUUUGCUGCUUUAUGGAAGCACUUACAGCGCAGAAAGACUUGGCUCAUGGCUUUACCUGCUUUUUACUCCUUCUUCUGUGGUGGAACCAUGGGUACUUAUCUGUCGUUGCACUUCUCAGUGCGGGCGCGAGCUUUGUCUUCUCUUCUCCUCCGCACUUUCUCCACCGAUGCCGGAUCUUCUGCUCGUUCGGGAGGUUUACUCAGGGCCUUUGAGACCGCUGGACAGACAGUAUCUUACGCCAUCAACUCUCACAGAGGUUCAGAUGCCAGGAUUCCCUUCUAUGUUCACGCUGCGAUCUUUUGCCUUACUGUCCCUUGCAUGGUGUUCCUGAUUAGGCUUGUUCCUGCAGCCCCCGCUACAAUGGAUAUCGAUGUGGAGCCAGUCAUCGAUUCGCCUGAUAAAAAGCAGGUCACUUAA